AUGACGGCGUGCUCUGCUCUUUGGGUGCUCCUGCUGUGCCAGCUUUUGUCAUCCUCCUCAGCUCAGAGACCCGGCCCCAGAGGACCCCCCGGGCCACCCGGACUCCCAGGACAACCAGGCAGGGAUGGGACCGACGGGAAACCUGGACCUGCUGGACUGCCGGGAAAACCUGGUCCCAAAGGAAAAGCAGGAAUCCCAGGAGCUGCAGGAAAACUGGGCCUGCCGGGACUUCCAGGGAUCGAUGGUUUGACUGGUCCUGAUGGUCUUGCUGGUAAAGACGGACCCACAGGAGAGGCAGGUGAAGCAGGGCCUCCUGGACCACCCGGACCUCCUGGCAGAGGGAGACCAGGAGCUCCAGGACUACCUGGAACCAAUGGAUUGUCUGGAGGAGUCGGACCCCAGGGUGCUGUGGGCGCUGAAGGACUUCCAGGACUUCCAGGCCCUCCUGGCCCUGAUGGACCCCCUGGGCUUCCUGGGUCUCUUCAUGAUCUGAACGGGGACCUUCUGUGUCCUGCAAUCUGCCCCCCUGGUCCCCCAGGUCCUCCUGGGAUGCCAGGAUUUAAGGGACACACUGGUCACAAAGGAGACAAGGGGGAGCCUGGAAAAGAUGGAGAGCAGGGCGACCUCGGUCCACCUGGGCCAGCAGGUGCUCCUGGCACUGUGGGUCUGCAGGGCCCACGCGGUCUGAGAGGUUUACAAGGCCCAAUGGGAUCUGUAGGCGACAGAGGCCUGCCCGGCUUCAGAGGCAAGCCCGGCAUCGCAGGCAUCAUCGGCAAGCCAGGUGAUGUUGGGGAAAAAGGACCACAUGGGUUCAAAGGACCUAAAGGAGAAAUUGGUAAAAUAGGUCCCAAAGGAGCUCCUGGGGGACUGGGACCCAAAGGGGAUCCAGGUAUGCCUGGCAGAGAUGGUAAAGAUGGGACAGCAGGGCUGGAUGGUGAGAAGGGUGAUCCUGGACGCCAUGGAGUAGUGGGAGAGAAAGGGCCAAAUGGACUUCCUGGCUUACAAGGAAAAGCUGGAGAAAAGGGCUCCAAAGGAGAAGUUGGUGAUCCGGGGAAACCUGGGGAAGCGGGACCCUCUGGAGAGCCAGGUAUUCCUGGUGAGAUUGGCGUCCCGGGAGAGAGGGGGAUAGCCGGCCCCAGAGGAGUGGCGGGAGGUGUCGGACCAGCGGGCAAUCCUGGCCCACUGGGAGUGAAAGGCUUCCAGGGAGUCAGUGGAGGUUUGGGUGAUCCAGGUCUUCCGGGGCCAACGGGACUCCGUGGAGAGUUUGGCGACCGAGGUCCAGUUGGAGCUUCAGGAGUUAAAGGAGACAUGGGUGUGGCAGGAAGUGAUGGUUUACCAGGAGAGAACGGAGAGCCCGGACCUUUUGGGCCAGUUGGACAGAAAGGAGAGUCAGGGAAGCAGGGGGAACUGGGGCCUAAGGGUGUGACGGGUCCACAAGGAGAGCUUGGGCCAAGAGGGGUUCCAGGAAAACAGGGACCAAUGGGCUUCCAAGGGGAACAGGGUCUGCCAGGAAUCGCAGGAAAGACAGGAGUACCUGGUAAACUGACGAGUGAACAGCACAUCAGAGAGCUGUGUGGCUCGAUGAUCGACGAUCAGAUCGCACAGCUGGCUGCUAACCUUCGAAGGCCUCUGGCACCUGGAAUGGUGGGCCGCCCCGGCCCUGCAGGCCCUCCAGGAAAGCCAGGAGUUGCAGGAACUAUUGGACAUCCAGGCACUCGAGGACCACCAGGGUACAGUGGCCUACCGGGAGAGCUGGGAGAUCCAGGUCCCAGAGGUGAUGUUGGAGAGUCUGGUGAUAAAGGGCUCACUGGUAAAGCCAUUGAUGGACCCUCUGGAGACCAAGGACACCAAGGUCUGCCCGGAGUAGCUGGAAUUGUCAAAGACGGCCGUGACGGGUCUCCAGGAGACCCAGGUGAGCCUGGAGAGCCAGGCAGGGUAGGUAGGACUGGGCACCAGGGCCCUCCUGGGAUCUGUGAUACAUCAGCCUGCCAGGGAGCUUCGGUCGUCGGGAAAUCCUCCAACCCCAAAAAUUUUUAAAGAUGACUUCCUGCAGCCUGACUGCUCCACUCCGAGGAAAAGAGGGUGAUACAUGAGGAGGGAAGGAACAAAACAAGACAACGAUCACAACAAAUCCCUCUUUAUUUAAAUUAAUGUAAAAAAACAAGAUGGGAAGAAUAACAUCAGCCGGUGCAAUAUGAUGAAAGGAAUGGAGGAACAUCCCAGGAAGUGAUGAACACCAAAGCAACUGAGACAAAAAUAAAUAAAUACAUAAAUAAACCACACGUAGUAUCCAGAAAUGAUGGAGAGUGGAAUGGAAAAGUGCAGCAGAACAACUGCGUCGACCCAAACGUCAUCGAACAACAACCGGAACAACCUUUGUGAAUAAAAACUUUGUACGUUUCUUUGCCACGUUUACUUUGGUCAACAUCAGCGUGGCAAACAACGCUCUAAAAACAACAGUGACUGUCUCCAAUGUGAACAUGCAUUCAUCACGGCCAGAUGUUCACAGGUGUUACCUCAACAUACACGCCGACAGUGUAAAAUAUGGAAAUAGGUGCUGCCUCUGUCGAGGAGCUGUGUAUGUACUGUAAAAGUAAUAAAACACAAACACCCAGUGCCCUAAAAUAGUUUAGGUUAAUGCAAAACUCAAUAGCCUUUUUACAGCUUUUUUAUUUCUUUUUUUGUUUGUUUUUUAAUUACUUAUGAAGUUGAUAUGCCAUCGCUGAGAAUCACAAACAGAAAAUUGUGGAUGCAUAAAUUCGACAUGUAAAAUAUAUAAAUGUUAGGAAACACGAGCGCUUUCUGAGUUUUAAAAUUUCUUUUCUUUUGUUUUUUUUUUCCCAAAUCGACAACAACCACGUCCACAAUGUAAUACAGGUGCUGUAACUAUUAAAUAUACAAAAGUUUAAAUACUAUUUAUUAUUUGUGGGUGACUGUUUUGUGUACAGUAAGAUGCUACAGCGACAUGUUGUAAGAACAAAUAAA